GCAACUUCCGGCGCGGGUACGGGUCGGCGCACGCGGUCUCGGUUCGGUUGACUUUGCGGAGCCAUGGAGGGUGGCUUCGGCUCGGACUUCGGGAGCUCCGGCGGCGGCAAACUGGACCCGGGGCUCAUCAUGGAGCAGGUGAAGGUGCAGAUCGCCGUGGCUAACGCGCAGGAGCUGCUGCAGAGGAUGACGGACAAGUGCUUCCGGAAGUGCAUCGGGAAGCCGGGGGGCUCCCUGGACAAUUCGGAGCAGAAGUGUAUCGCCAUGUGCAUGGACCGCUACAUGGACGCCUGGAACACCGUGUCCCGCGCCUACAACUCGCGGCUACAGCGGGAGCGAGCCAACAUGUGACCCCCCCCCCCUCCGCGCCGCGUCCGGCCCCGCGGGCUCCCGGCAGGCCCCCACCCCAACCCCCUUUUCCGUUUCCAUAAAGGCCCUUUGUGAAGCGGGGGCCCGCCUGUGCA